AUGUCUGCUAUGAAGCAAUGGGUCGUGCAGAGCAAAGAGAAUGAUUUCGACGGCUUGGUCUAUCAGGACGCGCCGGUACCAAAUUUUGGUGAGAAUGAAGUCUUGGUGAGGCUUCAGGCGGCGUCGCUGAACUACCGUGAUUUGAUUAUUCCAAAGGGCAAAUAUCCAUUCCCUUGUAAUUUCCCCGUUGUGCCCGCGUCCGACGGUGCUGGAGAGGUGGUUGAAGUUGGAUCCAAAGUCACCGAGUUCAAGAAAGGAGAUAAAGUUGCAACCCUCUUCAACCAAGGUCACCAAUACGGAGAUAUCGAUAUCACGGCAACACAAACUGGAUUGGGAGGCGUGAUUGAUGGCGCUUUGCGCCAGUAUGGCGUGUUCAACGAAAGAGGGCUUGUCAAGGCGGCGAAGAACCUGACUCCGUUGGAGAACAGUACUUUGUCUUGCGCGGCACUCACGAGCUGGAAUGCCCUAUAUGGUUUGAAGCCCCUGAAGCCCGGACAGGUCGUUCUCGUACAGGGAACCGGGGGAGUGAGCAUGUUCGCAUUACAGUUCGCCAAAGCGGCCGGCGCGACCGUGAUCGCCACCACCUCGUCCGACCAGAAGGCCGACAAGCUGAGGAAGCUUGGUGCCGACCAUAUAAUAAACUACAGAACAGAUCUGAACUGGGGCGAGACCGCUCGUAAACUCACACCCGAUGGAUGUGGCGUGGAUUAUGUCAUUGAGGUCGGUGGGCCGGGCACGUUGACUCAGAGCUUCAAGUGCAUCAAGUUCGAGGGGGUUAUCAGUGUGAUCGGAUUCCUGGGUGGUGUCAAGCCGCAGGGUGAACCCGCUAUCUUGGACACUCUCAACAAUAUCUGCACCGUGCGGGGUGUUUAUGUGGGCAGCAAGGCUCUCAUGAGAGACAUGAUCCGCGCAAUUGAGGCCAAUGAUAUUCAUCCCGUGGUAGAUGAGAAGGUCUUCACUCUUGACCAAGCUCGGGAAGCUUAUGAAUACAUGUGGGCACAGAAACAUUUUGGCCACGUCAAACCUCUGCUGGCAAGCUUGAGCCAGCUUCUACCCCUCAUACCAGAUAUGCAGGCCAACACGAGAGAUACAAUCUGCACCCUCCCUGUUACCGCUUCCCCUCAGAAGCCGCUCAACGAGACAUUUAUUCGGCCAGUCCAGAUGAGUUUGUUUUCUCGAGUGACGUGCUACCCACCUUUGGGGCAAGUAACUUGCCUUCAGAGGACGCAGAAAGCGACUCAGCUAGAGCAAGAAGAAGACACUGUACGAUUCACAGUUGUUAUCGAGUCAAGUACUUCUUUCCCAACCCAGCGCUGGGAGGCACAGAUCUGGCACAACAUUACCGGCUCCGAAUGGUCAGCAUUACCGCUCCAUGAGAGCUGGCCAUCACAAGCACCUCUGUUGAACCAGACGGAUAACGAGUAUGCUUACCAUCGUUAUGUUCUUUCUGAGGCUAUCCAACUGCCCGCUAGCGGCGGCUAUGUACGUUUCACUGUGAGGUUCCGGCCCAAUCCAGACGCCGAAUGGCAAUGGGCCAACCAGAAGCAGCCAAUCGGCGAUGGUGAGCUCGUAUUCAGCCCGCGCCACUGGGGAGUAGAUAAGCCAUUUGGCUCAGACAUGUCAUUGCUCAGCCCCAAGGAUGAGCUCUCCAAGUAUCUUGAUUGCCUGUCCUCUGAAGUGCAGGUGAAUCUGCGAACGAGCGAAGCGCCUGGCUCCAUACUCUGGAGUAUCUCUGGGAGCGUGGAUCGAGCAAAGAAUGGCGUAUCGUGUAUCAAACAAUUUGCGCUUGGAAUUCCCUCGUCUAUUACUAGGUUUUUCUCCUUGAUUCGAGUAUGGAGUCCGUGGCUGGGUCCAAGACACGGCAAGGACAUAUUCAGACUAACGGAAGAUGCAAUCCUAUGCUCUUUUCUCCGGAAAGAUGGGACUAAUCUACUGUUUCUUGCAAUCUCGGGAACCAAUGAUAUAUUGACGGUUUUCCAAUCUGGAGCCGAUGGCGAAUUGGUGGUCAAGUCCAGAAGCGACAACCCAGCGACAUCUGAAUUCCAUGUUCUGGCCGCCGUGGCGGAUAAUUUUGAGGUUGCUCUUUCUGCAGUGAUAUAUGAAGCAAGGAAAGUGGUCAGACCGUUUAGAGAAUCGGCAAACCAACAUCUUGAGCAAUGUCCGUUGUCUCCUCUUGGAGACGAUAUCGUUGUCGUCGAGAAAGACCCUGAGGCUCAAUGGCUCACUGAGUGGUAUGAUGGAUUGACAUAUUGCACUUGGGAUGGCCUUGGACAGAAUCUGACCGAAGAGAAAAUUCUCCACGCAUUGGAUUCUUUGAAAUCCCACGGGAUUAACAUUACUAAUCUGAUCAUCGACGAUAACUGGCAGAGUGUCGAUAACGAGAAAGAGUCCCAGUUUAAGCGACGCUGGGAGCGUUUUGAUGCAAAUCCGAAAGCAUUCCCUCGUGGGCUCAAGAACGCCGUGGAGAAAAUUCGGCGAGCCCAUCCAAAUAUCGGACAUAUUGCAGUUUGGCAUGCGUUGCUAGGGUAUUGGGGAGGUAUAUGCCCUAGCAGUGACCUCGCCAAAAGAUAUAAGACGAAGGAAGUGAGAAUCAAGGACCCUUCCCCAGACGGGCCAAUCGCACACAAUCUCGCAGACGGAAAGUUCCUGGCCAUUGAUCCAGAGGAUAUUGAACGUUUUUAUGAUGAAUUUUAUAGCUACCUCGCUUCCGCUGGCAUUGAUGGGGUCAAAACGGAUGCCCAGUGCUUUCUCGAUUUUCUGGAGGACUCCGAAGACCGCAAGAGGUUUUUAACAUCCUACCAGGAUGCAUGGUCCAUUGUUUCAUUGAGGCACUUCAGCACACGCUCUAUUUCUUGCAUGUCUUUGAUUCCACAGAUUAUCUUCCAUUCGUUGCUACCAACCAACAAGCCGACGAUUCCCUUACGAAACUCAGAUGACUUCUUCCCCAAAAUACCUGCAUCUCACCCGUGGCAUAUAUUUUGCAAUGCGCACAAUGCACUUUUCACCAGAUUCUUGAAUGCUUUACCAGACUGGGAUAUGUUCCAGACGAACCAUCCGUACGCAUCUUUUCACGCAGCAGCGCGAUGUAUCUCGGGUGGGCCGAUACAUAUCACCGAUGAACCAGGAAAACAUGACUUGAGUGUGAUUGACCAGAUGACGGCGCCAACUGUUCAAGGAAGCACCAUUAUCCUACGUCCAAGUGUCGUCGGCCGCACAAUUGAUGUUUACAAUGGCUAUGAUGAAGGUCGGGUUUUGCGCGUGGGAAGCUACACUGGCCGAGCAAGAACAGGCAGCGGCAUAAUGGGUCUCUUCAAUAUUCAUUCUGCCGAAGCGUCAUGCAUAGUAUCGUUGAAAGACUUCCCAGGUGUGCAUCAAGAUUCAAACUGCGAGUAUGUUGUCCGCUCCCACACUAGUGGCAAAGUAACAGGAAGAAUGCGGUCACACGAUAAAGAUUCUCUUGUGUCUAUUAUUUUGAAGGAAAAGGAGUGGGAGAUCCUUACCGCGUACCCAAUACAUUCCUUUGGGCUGGGAAGCAGGAGAAAACACUGCAACUCUGACAGCAAUACACUGCAUGUGGCCAUUUUAGGUCUCAUUGGGAAAAUGACUGGCGCCGCUGCCGUGGCCAGCUCAGACAUAUUGGUGGCUGAGAACGGCCGCUUGCGAUUUGACAUACACUUGAAAGCACUUGGAACCCUAGGGAUUUACAUCUCCAACUUACAAGACCUUGAUAUCUCUAGUAACUUCAUGGUCAUGAUUUUAGGAAGGCCGAUACCCCAAAGGACCGUUUCGAAACAAAGUGGCGAGAAAUCUAAUGUACUGGCAAUCGAUGUCCUCUCUGCGUGGAAGGAGAUGAAGCUGGAUAGUGGGUGGAGCAAUGAGGCCUUCGUUCAAGUCUUUGUCAGUUGA